ACUGUAAACAAAACAAAGAUGAGAGAGAAAGAAUUUGUAGCAGGGAUCGUUGAAUGAGGGGAAUAGUGGAGGAGGCAAAUGAGGCGUAGCAAGAGGAGGAAAGAAAAGAGCGAAAAUGACGCCAAGGACCUCGUUUAUAGUUUUCUUUUUUAUUUUUUUUUUCUAAAACACGUGCUUUUUGAUGAUUGGAACAAAUUUUGUUGACGCUGAAAAUUAUCGACCACCCACUUUAGGGAGAGAAUCGAUUUAUUCCAUUGUCGUUGUGUAUAUAUGCCGGGUGUCCAAUGGUGCGACAUAACAGAUAAUUUUCAGAGGUUAUGUGUUUUGUGUGGAAAGUGUUAGAAGUCGCUAUAGUAUAUACAAGGGAGAAGAUGUGUUGAGAAAAAUGUCGUCGCUCGCGUCUCGCACGUGGAUAAGGCUGGCGCUUUGAUUUUGAUUGCAUCUUGUGUGCAUUCGUCGUACGAGGCGUAAACAGAGGCCGAAGUCCCCUGAGAGAGCAAAAUAGUAUCGAGGUUGUAAACAAGUGCCUGUGAAAGCAGAUGGCACAUCCAGUCAUGAAGACCAAGAAAUUUUUCAUCUUCAAUAAAAAACUACUUUAGGAGAGGAAACGUUCAAAGUAAUUGACCCACGAGGAAAGUUGCGAUGAAAUUCUCAAUGGAAGUCAAUUUGCUAUGAAGCGUGGAAGAGGACGCGUCGCGCGUGUGUGAUUGUGUGUGUGUGCUUUUGUUUUUUUUUUUCUUCUCUUUUUCUCCGUCGCCUUGUUUCUUCUUAUUGAAGAAUCUAUGUGGCGCGUGGGCAGACGCAUGUGCAUGUGCAUGCCAGUGCAUCAAUGUAAUCAAGUGAUUAGAGUAGUGGUUUAUCGACGAUUCAAUGCCGGAGAGAAACUGUAUCAAUCGAAACACGUCAAAAACCGCGUGUGUGGAAGGCAGCGGUUAAAUUUCUCAUCGUCGUCAGACGACGUCUUAAUCUUGAGAACGUUUCAGUGUUGAUGAUGAUGAUGAUGUUGAUGCGCUCAAGAAUCAAUACUUGAGUUUUAUUAAUUGUUAUUAUUGUGAUGGAUCAAUUCUGACACUGGAAUAAAUAAAGAAAUUAAAAAGAAAAAGAAGAAGAAGAAGAAGAGACAGAGAGAAAAAAAAAAUUGCAGUUAUUAGGAUCAAAAGUCUUUGCAGCAAGUCAGGAUCCAUGAGAGCAGAAAAUGAAAACGAAGAAGCAACCAUUCAUUGUUCUGUGUGUCCUUUUGACCUCGUGUGUCAUCUCAGUGGAGAACUUGCCUGAUAAGAGCGAGCUUAAACCUCUCACCAAUCAGGAUAUAUUCUCGUCAAAGGAAAAUGAGGACUUGGAUUUUUCUAAUGAACUUAAAAAUGCCUUUCACGAUUUCAAUGAAAGAGAUGACGAGAUUCGAAACAAAGAUUAUUUUAACAAGGGAACACUCAUUCGCAAAUAUAAGCGGGCCAUCGAUUCUUCAAGUUCCCUGGAAUCGUCAGUGGGUAAACAUGGACAUCAAACAUUAACAGAGAAGCAGCAUAAGAAAAAUUCUAUAUCGAAGGAAAGAUCUCGGGAUAAAAGUCAUAAGGGUUUUCCAAAUGUAACUUCCGUCGAUGGUAUUUGUCCAAGUAUCGAUAUCAGGAAUAAUGUCUCUUAUUUUCAAAUACUAAAAGAUUGUCAAGUGAUUGAAGGCUUUCUGCAAAUCGUUCUUAUUGAGAGAUUUAAUGAAACGGACUUUUUGAAAUACGAAUUUACGAAAUUGCGAGAAAUCACUGGAUAUCUAUUACUUUAUCGAGUCAAUGGUCUAAAAAGUCUCAGUAAAUUAUUUCCAAAUCUCGAAGUUAUCAGAGGAGAUACUCUAUUGACGGAUUAUGCAUUCAUGAUAUACGAAAUGCAAAAUCUCCAGGAGAUUGGCUUGAAGAAAUUGACGAAAAUCUCUCGCGGAGCUGUUCGUAUUGAGAAAAAUCCUUCAUUAUGCUAUACCACUACACUCGAUUGGAAUGCCAUUGUUGUAGCUGGUGAAAAUACAAUCAAGGAUAAUAGAAAUGAGUCUAAUUGUCCUGGUUGCUCUCAAUGCCCUGGAGGACACUGUUGGGCCAGGCAACUUUGCCAAGAAACGGAGAAACCCGAGAAAUGUCAUCCACAGUGUCUCGGAGAUUGUAAAGGCACCACUGAGAGUGAUUGCUAUGUCUGUAAACAUUAUCGUCAUAAAGGAAAAUGCAUUGAAAAAUGCCCUCCUAAUUUAUACUCAUAUUUAUCGCGAAGGUGCAUUACAAAAAGCGAGUGCUACCAAAUAUCGAAAAGUCGUAAAAGUUACGAAGAAAACCUCCAUAAGUGGCGACCGUUUCAACAAGCUUGUGUUAUGCAGUGUCCUGAUGGUUAUGAAGAUUACAUCGAUGAGCAUAAUAUGACGUCGUGUCGAGAUUGUGAAGGUCGUUGUCGGAGAGUCAUCAGUGGAGCGAUUAUUCAUCACAUUUCUGAUGCACAAAUCUUUCGCGGUAUAUCAGUGGUGAAUGGUGCACUGGAAUUUCAAAUUCGGAGCGGAAGUCCAAAUAUUAUGAACGAAUUGGCAGACGCUUUUGGUCAAAUUGAAGAAAUUACCGGCUAUCUGAAAGUAACACAUUCAUUUCACAUCACAAAUUUGGGUUUCUUCAAGAAAUUAAAAGUGAUAAAAGGCCAGAAACUCGAUAUUAAUAAUUCGAGUCUCGUCAUUCUCGAUAAUCCCAAUCUCUCCGAUCUAUUUAACAAGAAUCAACAAUUGAAAAUACUAAACGGUAAGCUCUUUUUUCACUAUAAUUCAAAACUUUGUCUGCAAAAAAUCUACGAUCUGAGUAGAGAACUCGGAAUGCCAGAGCCAAGUGACUUGGAAGUUCAACCAAUAUCGAAUGGAGAGAAAGUUGCCUGCGAAAUUUCGGCAAUUAACAUGACUGUCAGUAAACUUGGUUCGGACUAUGCGGUGCUUCAGUGGAAUAGUUACACACCAGAUGCGAAUCAAUUUCUUCUGAGUUAUCUUUUGAAUUACAUCGAAACGGAUAGUAAAAAUGUGACAUACGAGGGGAAUUCUUGCAGUAAUAACACUUGGCAAAUUAAGGACGUGGAGAAUCCGAAUAAUAAUUUAAACAAAGAGUCUAUUGUUUCGAAACCGAUUACUAAUUUAAAACCUUAUACGAAAUAUGCUGUGUAUGUGAAAACGUUUACAGCGAGGAAGAAGUUGAAGGAAUACUCGAGUGUCGUUGGUCAGUCGAAAAUAAUUUACUUCCGUACGAAGAGUGACGUUCCAUCGGUUCCGACAAAUGUCGUUUCCUAUCCGUUGAGUUCGAGAGAAAUUAUCGUCAAUUGGAAUUCACCCGAGGAGCCGAAUGGACCGAUCGCCUAUUAUGUUAUUUCCGGUUUUAUGCGACCCGACGACGAUGAAUUGGCGAUGGAGAGGAAUUAUUGCGAGAAUGGAUUAGUUACCGAGAUCGAGACGGAGGAACCGCAGGAAAUUACCAUUAAAACACCGGUCACUGACUCGUCGUGCUAUUCAAAAGGCACGGAGAACAAAGUAAUUACAACGAAAAAGAAAUUUGAAAUAUUCUGCCACGGACCAAGUGUCAUAAAUCAUUGGUUGCCGGACAGGAAAAAUUAUUGUCGUUCCGAUGGACAGGGACUUGUUACGUUAGGUUUAAAGGAGACUUAUAACGGGAGUUAUUUUAGUUUUGUCUUUAAUGUGAGUGCGCAGAGUAAUUCUUAUAAAUUGAGUAAGUUACGACAUUUUUCUGUGUACACCGUCUCGGUUGCGGCUUGCGGCGAAGUCGGCGAUAAUGAAGCGUCAAUGUGUUCGCAAACUGUGUACACCACCACACGAACGAAUAGUACAAUCGACGCUGAUAAUGUGCGAAAUGUUCGAGCACAUGAGAGGAAUCAUGCGAACAGUAGUUCCGUUAUCGUCUACUGGGAACCGGCCCACACACCCAAUGGAAUCACUGUUUCCUAUACGAUUGAAUAUAUUAAUAUUGACGUGAAAGACGCGAAGAAGGUGAGCGAGUGUGUGCAGGUGGGGAAUUAUCGUGAGAAACGUGGUGCUUGGGAGAUUAAGGAUUUGAGUCCGGGGAGGUAUAAUUUUCGGGUGAGAUCGACAUCGUUGGCGGGGAAUGGGGAGUUUUCGGAGGCGGUGCAAGUUUCGGUGGGACUCAAGGAGGAUAAUUCGAUGACGAUUGCGAUUAUUUUGCCGUUGGCGUUGUUCCUGGCGGUGGUGGUGUUUACUUAUUUGUUGUUCAAGAGUCAUCAGAGGAAGAGGAGUCAGGAGAGAUUGUUCGCUAGUGUGAAUCCGGAUUAUAUGGAGACGAAGUAUAUUGUCGACGAGUGGGAGAUUGAGAGGAGUAGGCUGGAGGUUGGCACGGAGCUGGGUCUGGGGAAUUUUGGAAUGGUCUGUCGGGGGAAAUUGGAUGAUGAGAUUGACGUGGCGAUAAAGACGAUUCCAAAGACGGCGAACGAUAGGGAGAAGAAUGAGUUUUUGAAUGAAGCUUCGGUUAUGAAGAAUUUCUCCUCGUAUCAUAUUGUGAAACUUCUGGGUGUGAUAUCGGUGGGAAUGCCAACUUACGUCGUGAUGGAGUUGAUGCACAACGGGGAUCUUAAAUUGUACCUGAGGGGAAUUCGAGACACACCGACAGUGCCGGACACUCCGCAGAUGAUAAGAAUGGCAGCCGAGAUUGCUGACGGGAUGGCGUAUCUCGAGUCGAAGAAAUUCGUUCAUCGAGAUCUAGCUGCUAGGAAUUGCAUGAUCUCCGAUAAGUUGGUCUGCAAGGUCGGGGAUUUCGGAAUGGCUCGCGAUAUCUACGAAACGGAUUAUUACAAAAUAGGACAAAAAGGUUUAUUACCAGUGAGAUGGAUGGCGCCCGAAAAUCUCUCCGACGGUGUCUUCACGUCCGAUUCGGAUGUCUGGUCCUUCGGGGUCGUUCUCUACGAAAUAGUAACACUCGCCGAGCUGCCCUAUCAAGGCUAUUCGAAUGAAGACGUUCUUGAUUUUGUCCUCAGGAAAGGCACACUCAGUAUUCCGCGAUACUGUCCGGAUACUCUGAAGAAAUUGAUAGAGAAGUGUUUCAAGUGGAAGCCGAGUGAACGGCCGACUUUUAUGGAAAUUGUCGGCGAAUUAGAGUCACUUUUGGCUCAGGACUUUUGUGAGAAUUCGUUUUAUCAUUCCGAGGAGAGUGUGGAAAUUCGUAAACUUGGCAUCAAGAAAGUGUAUCAGCCAUCGGCGCCGGUUCGAUUUCAUUGGGGCAAUGAAACGGCGAGGUGGAUCAAAGAGUUUGAGGACAAUGUCACUCUUCUGGAUCAAGGCACCAGUAGGGGGAGAAUCUUCAAAAAUGGUUUUCAACAUUUCGGUAAUGUAACAAACUUAGAGGAUGUACCAUUGGAUCGGUGAGAUCCACUUGUGUUUAAUUUCCUCCCAAAGACUGAAUCUUACAGUGUAUGAGAAAAAUAUGGUUCGUAGUCAAGGUUUAUGUACAAAUUGAUACUCAGGGCAAAGCGUUAUGCAUCACAAAAAAAAACCAAUCUUGGCAUAGAAUCGUAGAUUUAAAAUCGCUUCCAAUUAUUUAUAAUAUUUUGUUUAUUUUUUUUUCAGCGGACCAAAAGCACAUUUCUAUUUAAAAAAAAAGAAAAAAAAAGUCUGAAUUUAAGUGGUUUUUUCUAGCCACAGUACCUGCGAAAAAUGUUCAUUAGGACAAAAAAAGUUCUCUCUAUUUGAGAAUGUACAUACAUGCAAUUCUAAAGUAUACGAAAAUAAUGUUGACAUUGAAAUGCAACAUUAGGCAAAGGCUUAUUUAUAAGUAGGUUAAUUUAUUUGGCUUCGAGGUGGACUCGUUUUUUUCCAUAUAUAUAAACUUGCUUUUCAAAGAGUUUAUUUAUUUACGUGUACAUGUAUUAUUCAAGAUGUGUAUAUUAUUGUGUAAAGAAAAAGAAAUAUCGAUUAAUAGGAGCGCAAUAUUUUAUGAAAAAAAACAAACAAACACAAAGAUUGUUUAUAACAAAAAUGAAUUUUUCUAAUAUAAAGACGAAUACAGAGAAAAAUAUUAGAAAGUUCAUUAUGAAAAGUGUUUAAAGUAACAUUUACUGUAACAUUUACAAAGAAUAUUUAUAAAAAAUCAGGGAAAUUCCGUAUGAACGAACAAUGAAUAAUUUUAAAUAGUUGAAAGAAAUGAGAAAAAUGAAUAAAAAUAUUCUAGUUUUUUUCUUCGAUUGGGAAUUUACAUAAAAAAAUAAAUAAAAAACGACUGAUAAGGAAAUAUUUAAGAACCGAAUGCUAUAGGAGUAUUAAAACACUAUAAUCAGUAAUAUGAAAAACUAAUUUUAAAUAUUAUUUGGAUACGAAAAUUUAAUUACAGGCUUCGCACUCAUCUACUAAAAUCUACAAUUGACUACUAUUCACUAUUUUUUUUUACGA